CAGUUGUGCCAGCAGCCAUGAAGGGCAGAAUCAACCUUGUCCUAUGUUAGGCAGCUGGAGGCAAGAGUAAGACAGCUGGAGGAAGAAAAUCGCAUGCUGCCCCAGGCCACCCAGAAUAGAAGGCAACCUCCAACUAGAAACAGCUCAAAUAUGGAGAAAGGCUGGGGGCCCAGAGCCCGGCGGGUCUUGCAGUGGUGGCAAGGGUGCCGAGGAAUAGGACGAUGCCUGCCCACUCUCCCGGGUUCUUUUAGGUUGUCAUCAGGGGCUGAUGGGAGUAACAGUUCACCCAACUCUCCAGCUAGCUUCAGUGGACAUACCACACCUUCUCAGCAGCCUGAACCUGUGGUACAUUCUCUUAAGGUCUUGGAUGUUCAGGAAACUAUAGAUCGUCAACAGGGUAAAGAGUAUGAACAUGACCUUAGUGAGACAGAAAAAGCUAUAGUCAGAGAAAUGUGCAAUGUUGUAUGGAGGAAACUUGGAGAUGCUGCAGGUUCGUGUCCUGGAAUUAGGCAACAUUUGUCAGGAAACCAGUACAAAGGACCAAUGUGAGAAACACUUUUUUUCAAACAUGAGAUCACCACUGCCAGAGAGAGAUAAAAGAAGAGAUGAAGAAAGAGAAAAGACUGGGUUUUCAUAAACCUGGACUCAUGGAAUAACAUAGAAUGAUUGUACAUUGCACAUAUCUCCCCUCUAAAACCUUUAGUACAACUUCCCCCAUAAAGCCGAUAUUUUAUGUCUCUAACUUCAAUGUCCAUAUUAAACAAGGUAGCUUUGAAAAUCUAGAACAAGGUAGCUUUGAAAAUCAAUAUUUUCAUUGGAACUAAAAUGUUUUUAACUCCCCAGAUCUAAGAUUGCAAUUGGGAAACCACAUAGUUGGAAGAGUCCAGUGGAGCCUCAGUGGUUUUGGUAGAGUUGACUAAUUUAUAUAAUGAUGGUAGUUUUCUACCAUGUUGUAUUGAAGAUAUGAAGAGGUGUUUGCCAGCUUCCUGAGUUUGAGAGUUGGGCACCUACCUCUUAUAUUUCAAUCAAGAAAAUACUCGUUUCAGAUGCAUAAUUAAUUUGGAGGCAAGAUAAGAUUAGGUUUCUGGGUUGUGUUUUGACUUUUGAGGUGCUAAAAAUACUAUGUAAAUUAUUCUUACCAGCUAGAAGGGUAGCAAGACUUUGUAGAGUGUUUAUCGGAGAGUACCAUUUAUUUCAAUUGAUCAAAAUAAAUCUAUCUUUUUAAUCUGGAUGAGUUGCUCAUAUAGAUGCAUCUUGGGGACGUACCAACCUCCAUAUCUAUUCAGUAUAUUCAUUGAUGUUAAUAUUAAUAAUUUCAACUAAUAAGCGAGCAAACAUAAUUUUUCGAAGUGUUUCGAGCUGUGAAAUGUCAAUUUCUACGAUUUAGUUUCUAGACAUGCUGUAUAUUUAGUAAACUUCAUGUAAACUUUAAAAUACUGCACUGCAUUUAUGAAAAAGCUUUCUUUGCCUACUGCAGCUAUCUUAACAUUUUAUGAAACUGGCGCAUGCCCUUCAUUAUUGAGGCUAAAAGCUCUUGUUCAGAUUGCUUGAGGUUUGAAAAAGAGGUGUGCUAGCUUUGCUUAGUUUAUUUCUUAUUUUCGGUAUACAUAUGUAAUAUUAGAAUGUGUGUAUUGGAAAUGCUACAAUAGGUAUUUUGUGCUUAUCCAAAUGCAAUGAUAGUUUUUUUUUGUAUGAAUGUGCAAGAGGCCUGUGACAGAAUGCUACAUUUUUACUGUAGUUUAAGAUUAUAAAAGUAGGAAUGCAACAAUUCCCAGUUUUCGAAUAUCUUCUAAACUACUGAGAUUUAAUUCAUAGUAGAUAUUCUUUGUUGUUGUUUUUAAAUGGACUUAUUACACAGCGUAUUAAUUGUCAUUGGUGGGGGAAUGUGAAGGAAUUUUGUUAUACUUUAGAAAAUGUUUCUGUGAUGAAAAUCCAGCCCUCUAUUUUCAGAAAAUAUUUAUGAAUUAAUUUACUAUAGAAUUAUCUAAUUAUUGUAAUUGGGUUACAGUUUAAGCCUCUCUUUAUUUUAAAAUGUUAUAUUUUUAAAUAUUAUUACUCUGUAAAAGAAAAUUGCUUGCUAUAUUUAACCUUCUCUCCUAGAAAAGUCUUCAUCCUUAAAUUGUUGUAUUCCUACACUCUGAAAAUUUAAAACAAGUUUUUGUGCCUGCAGCAGAGCCUGCAGAAGCUAAUACAAGGGACAUUGGUCUUUUGACAAAAUACUUGUGUAAAUUUUGAUACUGUAUUAAAACUAUUUUUUUAAAGUUCUGCAUAAAAUUGAGUAUCAAGUAUAUGUGUUCAUCUUAGCAACGGUAAUAAAUUAUUUAAUCUCA